ACCUCACUGAUGUAGUGUAAGGCUGUGCUCCUGUAUGUGAUGAUAUCUCAUACAUGGAUCUUGGUGAACUCAACGUUGUAGUCAAAGAUUCAAUGUGAUGAUGUCUCAUACAUGGAUUGGAUCUCAAUGGAUAUACUUAGCAUUGCAUCGGUUGCAUUUCUACUUAUUUUGGUAGUGUCUGUGUUAGCUUAUCAGAUCAUGAUGGUGCAUACUACCACACUGACUGGCCUUGAACCUGAACAACAGAGUACAUCUGUAAGAGAAAAAAGUGAAGCGACUGUCAAAUCUGAUGAUGAUAUCAAUGUAAAUGUUAUGUCACCACAAUGUGAUGUUGAACUGAAGGAACAGCUUGGGAGGCCACGUACCAUGAGCCAAGGUGCAGAAGAUGUUAAUGAUGCCUUUGUAGUUAAGCAACGAAUCCGUGGAACUCUUUCAGUUGGUACAUUACCAAGGUACCAAGGUACUAUAGAUGCGAGACAAGACAGUGCAUCAUCCGACCUUGAAAGUAGAAAGGACAGGAGCACAGCCUAUGGCUCAUACCUUCAGUUACAAGAAUUAAUAAAAGAACACGAUAAGCAACAUGAGAAGGUAGUUUCUGACAAAUAUAAUGAUGAAAUAUUAAAAGAUUUUAUGCUCCGGAAGAAACGAACGAAGGCUCGAAUGUCACUCACCGAAUUUCUUACUGAUCCAAGGAAUUUUCAGGGUGAUGAAGAUCAGUCACUUGCUGGAAAACAUGGACGGUCUAUAUCAGGUAAAACAGACUCAGAGAAGAAAUCAAGUUCUUCAAUGUUUAAUUUCUUUCGAAAACCAAGCCAGAGACCACGAAAUAAAGAAAAGCACAAAGACAAGAGCAAGUCAACUCAUCAUUUUGUCGCUGUAUCAGUCUCUAAUUCUGCAAAAUGUGAUUAUUGUGACAAACCAUUGGUGAAUAAAGAUGCAGUCAAGUGCCAAGUUUGUUCCAUCAACACUCAUGAUACAUGUAAGGAAAGUAUUGGACCAUGUUCAAAAGUGUCCAAACAUCCAAAAGAUAAACCUCCAGCAGGUAGUUUACGAGAUAAGAAGUUCAGCGUGAGUACGUCAGAAUUAAGUAAAGCUAUAUCGUUUACUGUUAAAGAUAAGCCUAGGCCAUUGAGCUUUUAUUAUGGCCAGAAUAGUAAAUCUUUGCCUGGUUAUACAGUUCCAAAGCAGCCACCUAUAACAAGCACUAUUGGUCAACCCAUCAAUGAAGAAAUGGAAGACCCAUCAUCCCAAACCAAUAUUUCUGAGACUCUGUCUGGAUCUAUGGAGUCAUUAGAUGAAGAUGCAACAGAUGAUGCACAUUACGAGAAUGAUCCGGAUCUGGUGCUCAAAGACGAACCAGAAUCAUGGAGCGUCAUGGUCGAUAAAAAGAAAAAAAAGGGAUUGAGUAAACUUGAUAUUAAGAGACAAGAUGUGAUCUAUGAAAUGAUACAAACAGAAAAGCAUCAUGUUCGGACAUUGAAAAUAAUGCAGAAGAUAUUUUGUCAUGGAAUGCGAAAUGAGCUUAACAUGGAUCCAAACAUCAUUGAUAAAAUGUUCCCUAUGUUGUCUGAGAUUAUUGAAAUCAAUACAUCUUUCCUCAAUGCACUUAAGUUUCGACAGGGUCGUUCUGUGGUGGUCGACAAAAUUGGCGAUGUGUUGGUUGAACAGUUUUCAGGUGAAAACGGCGAACGCAUGAAAUAUGCAUAUGGUAUUUUCUGUGCUCAUCAAGCAGAAGCAGUGGCUAUUUACAAAGAAUACAAGUCUGACAAGAAAUUCCUGGCAUUCAUCAAGAAAUGUAGUCAGAAUACACUGUGUCGACGGUGGUCCAUCCAGGAAUGUAUUUUAGCAGUAACACAUAGAAUAACUAAAUAUCCUCUAUUGAUUGAAGCAAUCAUCAAAGCUACUAAAGCAAACAAGGCAGAUUAUCCUCUGCUGCAAGAAGCCAAUACAUUAGUAAAG